AUGGGCUGGAAUAGCUGGAACACUUUCAAAAGCAACUUCAACCAAUCAGUCAUUGAGAACACUGCCAGCCUACUUGUCAGUACAGGCCUACGUGAUGCUGGGUACAAUUACCUUGUAAUGGAUGAAGGCUGGCAAGCAUUGGAAAGAGAUGAAAAUGGGCGGCAGCAGCCAAAUACAACCAAGCUUCCCGGUGGAGUCAGCGGGAUUGCGGAAUUCGUGCAUAAGAAAGGGCUAAGGUUAGGGGUUUACAGUGAUGCCGGAAUAUAUGACUGUGGAUUUUAUCCAGGCUCCUGGGGUUAUGAGGAACUCGAUGCGGCAACAUAUGCUGAAUGGGGCGUUGAUUACCUCAAAUACGAUAACUGUGGGGGAUUUGAGGCCAACACUGAAAGCCCGCAGAUUCGCUUUGCAGCUAUGAGAGAUGCACUUCGAGGUUCUGGUCGGAGUAUCUUCUAUUCAAUCUGCCAGUGGGGUCAUCAAUUUCCGUGGUACUGGGCGGAUGCUUAUUGCAUGAAUAUCGGCUAUGCCGGCUGCAGUGUGUUGACGAUAAUUCGAAAAAUGAGAGAGCUUAGCCCAUUCCAAAAACCCGGAGCAUGGGCUGAUAUGGACAUGCUUGAGAUCGGGAACGGGAACAUGACGCUACACGAACAACAAACACACAUGUCAUUUUGGGCUGCUUUGAAAUCACCGCUGAUUAUUGGUGCGGAUCUGCAAAGACUAGCAGUUGAGAGUCUUGAUGUGUUGAGAAAUAAAGAUAUUAUCGCCAUCUCACAGGACUCUCUCGGUAAAGCAGUGGAAUAUCUUCCAUAUUUGAGCAUCGAGAAGAGUACCCAGGUUUGGGCUGGUCCAUUAAGCGGCGGGAAGAUCGUCGUGCUGGUCCUCAGUGAGCUGAAGGAUGUAAAUACUGUCAACCUCUCGCUGGGAGAUGUCCCAGGCCUUUCUUCAACCCAUUCCUAUGCUGCCCGUGAUGUAUGGGAGGCACGGAAUCUUGGCCGGGUGAAGGGUAAGAUCUCACUGCAGGUGGCUCCACACCAAACAAGAGUGCUUGUUCUCAGUUAG